UUUUGUUUACAUCUGCCUUGCGACUUCCACUUCAAAUGAAAAACACAUCUACGAUCCAUCAUGCCCAAUCCCCAUUGAUGCCACGACCAAAGCUUCUUUGGUUUAAAAACAUGAUGCCCUAUCGUACUCUGACGUGGUCCAUCCUCUUGGUAGUCACUUGUGCUCUAUCAUCCUGCUCCUCAGAUCAAUUUGACGAAGAGAACUAUGGGGUUAAAUAUGCGGAUGAGUGCGAAGUGUGCAAGAUCGUCAGUAUGGAAAUCACGGCUCUUUUGGCCGAAUCUGCCCAUAAACACGAAGUGCUCGAAACCGGAUAUAGCGUCGAGAAAUCUCGGACGAAGACCAAGUACACUCAAUCCGAAUUGCGACUCCUAGAGACGAUGGAAGCGGUUUGCGAGCGAUUACUGACGUACAGUGUGCAUAAAGAGCGUCAAGAUUGGACACGAUUUGCUCGCGGCACAAGUGAGACAUUCCGCACCUUGGAAGGCUUGGUCGAGAAAGGGGUGAAAGUGGACAUUGGCAUCCCGCAGGAGCUUUGGCACAAGCCUUCGGCCGAAGUGUCGUACUUAAGGACCCAGUGCGAGGUUCUGAUCGAGGAUCACGAGGAUAAAAUCGAGACUUGGUACUUCAAGAAACAGGAAUCCGAGUCCUUGGAAGACUACCUGUGUCGGCAAAGAGUCUUAAAGGCCAAGGAUAGAUCGUGCUUGGAUAUCCUUCCCGCUCAAGUGAAAGAUGAAUCGAAGGCUAGCCGUCAAAAGAAGAAAAGGAAGAAAGAGCAGAAGACGGAAUUGUAGAUGAAAUAAUUUCAAACUCCCGGCAUUGUUCUUUCCGUUUAAUGAUCAAUAAUUACGCAUGAUUGCAACUAGGGAAAAAGGUGGUAAAUAAAAAUAAAAAAUAAAUGUCAUACAAAACUC